GGCGUCGGGCUCCACCUAUUGCGCAUGCGGCUCUCCGCGGUCCUGUAGGCCGCUGCCGGUUGCGAGACUCCGGUCGGGAUCAGAGGGAACUUAAAUGUCAACAGCUUUGCCCUGGGUCUGUCAUUUCUAACAGGCCAAACCAGUCUGUUGUCGGAAGCUACCACCCCCGCCCCUGUCACUUCCACCUGUGACCAUGGCUGACACAAGUGACCUGGACCAUCAGAUUGAACAGCUAAUGCGCUGUGAACUCAUCAAAGAAAGUGAAGUGAAAGUGCUGUGUGCCAAAGCCAGGGAGAUUCUAGCUGAGGAGAGCAACGUUCAACAAGUAGAUUCCCCAGUCACGGUGUGCGGGGACAUCCAUGGGCAGUUCUAUGAUCUCAAAGAACUUUUUAAGGUCGGAGGUGACAUUCCUGAGACUAACUACUUGUUCAUGGGAGAUUUUGUGGACCGAGGUUUCUACAGUGUGGAGACAUUCUUGCUGCUAUUGGCGCUGAAGGUCCGCUAUCCAGACAGGAUCACAUUGAUCAGAGGUAACCACGAAAGCAGGCAGAUUACUCAAGUUUAUGGCUUCUAUGAUGAGUGUCUGCGCAAAUAUGGAUCAAUUACAGUGUGGAGGUACUGUACAGAAAUCUUCGACUACCUCAGUCUCUCUGCUGUCGUGGAUGGAAAGAUCUUCUGUGUUCAUGGUGGCCUCUCUCCGUCUAUCCAGACCCUGGAUCAGAUCAGAACAAUCGACAGGAAGCAGGAAGUGCCCCACGAUGGCCCAAUGUGUGAUCUCCUCUGGUCUGACCCAGAAGGUGUGGAAAUGUCGCUGCGAUACUUGAAUUGGACGAACAUUUGGAGAAGGAAUUUACAAUUUUUGAAGCUGCCCCUCAAGAAUCACGAGGGGUAUCGGCUAAAAAGACAGUUGCUGACUACUUCCUCUGAAGGAGUGCCUCUCCCCACCUACCCCCCCCCCCCCCACCCCAGCCCCUGACACCCACUCCAACCCUCAGCCUGAAACCUCCGCAUAAACACUGAGCCUGCUGAAGAAUUCUGCGGAGGGAUGGGCAACAAAAGUGUUACAGUAUUUUCAAACUCUGCAUACAUUCCUGAAGGCAUGCACUAGGCAACCUGACUGUGAAAGAGUGCCAUAUCUUUAUGGGACAGCAGUGAGCUCUGUCGAUCCUGGGUGUACUUUCUUUAAACUAUGGGGGGGAGAAAAGAAAUCUGGUGAAUGGUCUUUUUGUUUUAAAGAAUACGUAUGCCUCUUUAAGCUGACAGCAGUGCUGUAGAAAGGAUAUGUCUAGUCAUGACUGCUGGUCUGAAAACAGAAUUGGCACUUUUUGUUUCCAAGAAUUUUUAAGGGGUUUUUUAAAAUUUAGUCACUAAGACAAUUCCUUUGUGUGCUGUGAUCCUUGAAUUGUUAUCCUCGCAUUCCCCCAAUAUGUGCACUCAAGUGGUGUUGGUAACAGUUUUAAUUUUACAGUGAGGAUUAACUUGUUUAACAAUGGGAGAAGUAAAACCUUGUCCAGAAAUUCAUGCCUGAACUUGUUUAAACAGGUAGGGUGCCUUGUAUAGUCUUAAUGUGCUUGUGUUUUGCUUCCACCUGACUUGGCAGUAAUGGAAGAGAUUUGGAUUUUGCACAGAACUCUCUGCAGUGGUCAGAUGGAGUUGCAUGCCUUGAGGCUGCCUGUGGAAGCAAUCGUUGUGAAUUGACCCUGAUUGGACAUUUCUCCCUCUGCAACCCCAGUAUUCUGGGCAUGUGUUGGUGAUACUGCACCCCUAUGGUACAAGGUGUGCAUUUAAACUGCAUCUGCCUCCUUGACUGGGCAAACCUGGCAAUUUGUCACAAGCUGCUGCGAGGAAAUGUCUAUUGCAUCUGGUGCAUUUGAGACUGGUGUCCUGCAAUCUGAUGGCCUAAUUACUUCCUGCAGAAACCAGGGCAAUAGUGAUUUGUCAGUGUGGAAACUGGGUCCAUCUCCAGUUUGAGCGCUGCUGUUUACUGACGGGACUCCUGUCCUGGUGAGGGAUAAGAUCUCGGAGGAUGCUCCAUUGGUUGUAAAGUCACACUCGGUCGAUCAGCCUUGCAGGAAGGAAGGACACAGGCAAACCCCAGGACCAGUCAGUUUGCCUGAUACAGCCUCACCCAAUGGGUUUGAGUCGGAGCCAGGCAACAGUCAGACGAUCUUCCUCUAGGCUGGGUCAGAGCCUUGCUUGUUUGCCCCUAGGUAAAACCAUGCACCGUAUCAGCACUCCUGUUUUUCCAGCAUCCCCUUGUUCUUAAAGCUGCACUUGAUGGCAAACCCAGUUCCCAAUCUGAAAUUGAUUGCUGCCUAUCCAGAAACUGCACAGGCAGGACCUAGCUGCCCAGAUAUAAUCCUCCGAGUCCAAUCUGAGUUACUCUGUAUCUAAUCAUUUUGACCUCCUACCCCAAACUAUCGAAAUGUGUUUGUACUCUGUUACUGCUUCAUGCAGGUACUGAACUCGGUGUGCUCAGAAGGCAGCUUGAGCUCCUCCUGUUUGUCACUGAAUCAAAUGUGAAUGCAGACAGGGUUUGGAACGCUGGAAUGUUGGAAUGUAUCUGAGCUGGCAGUGCUCUCUUGUGAAGAAUUUGUCAACUUGGAAAUGAGGACAGGAAGCUGUAUUGUGCUGAUCAGAGACUGUGACCAAAGCUUGCUAUCCAGUUGAUGUAUUUUCACCUCUAGCAUCAUCUGGGUUAUACAAGCUAGAUAUGGCUUUAAAGGCUCAUUAAAUGUGAGGUCUUCCAUUCCAUCUCUUCAUGAGCUUUCCUUUGGUUUCUCUCUGACUCCCUUGUGCACUCACCCACUUUGUUCUUUCUUUCUGUCUCACUGUUUAUCUGUCUUGCAUGCACACCUCUUGUGCUCCUGCUCCCCCUGUCUCAUGUGUGUAUACACGCACAAACUUUAUUCUCUCUCUCAAGCGCUUUGUUUGCUCCUGCUCCCACCUAUCUCCACCCCCACCCCAGCCAUGAAAAUCCAGAGAGGAGUCGAAGGAACAACCUCUUAUCUGUAGUCAAAACUUAGAGGUUCUGUUGAUGUGACAGGACUGAACGGAAGGACCUAAGCCAAGUGUCUGAUAACUGAUGUAUUUGCUGAAAGCCCCUCGUUACCAGCUACUGUAGCUCGGGAAGGACAAUUCAGACCAGGGCCAGGGUAGCUCUGAGGGAGGUUGGGUAAAUGAUGGCUCCUACUGAACUGCAGGCAUUUCAUGCAUGUACAGCUUCAGCAUCACUUCUGGUCACUCUGACUUGUAAUCACUGAACCUUCAUCCUAUGUUCAGGCAGGAGAUUGCAUUGGCUGUGGGGUCCUGGAGGAAGGAGGAUAAAAUCAGCCAGGGUUCCUGAUUAUCAUCCAGUGACUCCUUUUCAGAAGGAGAGGUGCUAGGUAAAUACAGUUCAGCUCCGGCUGGGGUGGCCUGCGCAGCUCUGCAGCCAAAUGCACAUCCCCUAAUACUUGCCCUCUCAGACUGCCUGACCAGUUUUCUUGGUGGACUGGGAGUAGGACUAAAAAGCAAUAGUGAAAACUGUGGCUGUCCCAGUUUGUGCCCCCAGCUGGAGGUUCGAGUCCCAGUCUACGGACUUGCCAAAUGUGAAGCAGAAUCAGUUUGAAUCCCUGGUGGCAGUUGCAAACGAAACAUUUUUCCAGAAGUUGCCAAAAUUUUUAGUUUUUUAAUCCAUUUGGAGAAUUUUUCAUAAAUUAGCAGUUUUUCCAAAGGGGGAAAAUGCUGUUAUUUUUGUAAUAACUUGUAUUCUGUUUCUAAAUGUAAUAUUUUACUUCUAUUCAACAUGCUGGAUGUCUGUACCAUACAGAGCCAGGAUCCUGGACAAAUACAAGUCCUAUUUGUAUUUGGUCUGAUCUGUUGAGCCACUGGAAGUUGCUGGGUAAGAUUUUUGUUAAAUCCAUCUGUGAUUUAGCAAAACUGUUUUAAAUAAAAUUUUAGUAUUGUGA